AUGGCACCUACUCAAUUAGAGAUCAAGGUUAGGGCCCUCCAAAGACUAAUCAAAGAGGAAUGUUACUACAAGCAAGAGAUAAAAGAACAAGAGAAACAUGUCGAGAACUUGAAAAAUGACAAAAACGUCGAUCCAUAUGAUCUCAAGAAGCAGGAAGAAGUGAGAGAUGAUACCGUUAAACUUUUACCAACCAUGUACAGGAAAAUUGAAGAGUUCAAGAAUAAUCUGGAGGAGUUUUUGGAGACAUAUGAAGGUGGCGAUGAGCUAGAUGAUGCUAAAGCUACCAUCGGGGAAGCUGACCAAUUGCUGAAAGAUAAUAGAUUAUGA